CUUUGUAUCUCUUGUGAUAAGGUUUAGCUUGAACACGGAUGAGAAUGCGUCUGUUAGUUGCCUGUAUAGUCUGUGUGCUGCUGGCACUGAGCUUUCCAGGCAUCGUCUCCAAACUUGAAGACAACUUCACUAAAUGCAGUGAUUUCUUUUUUCAAGGGGAGUCUCCAGUGAUUCCAGGCAUUCUGGAGAAUUCAGAGCCACAGAAUAAUGAUUACAGAGUAGUCUGUCAAAAAUAUAGGAACAAGAUCAGGUAUGCAACACUUUACGAUACAAAGAAGAAGAUUCCUGUUUUCUCUGCUUACAAAUACACCGGAACAAAAGUAUUUGUGAAACAAGAAAGUCUGCGAACUCGGAUGAUUGAGUUGGAGCUUGAACCCAAAGAUGCUGAAAUGCGUGUGCCAUUUGAAAAUCAGGCAAGAAAUAAAGACUACUGGAUAAAAAACACAUAUAAAUAUUUCCCCGGUACAUUAUUUUCUAUGAGUCACACAGCUGAUGAAGAAACUGCUGAAUCUAUACUUACACUCACCAACAGUGUGCCGCAGACAAAUGGCUUCAGGGAUGGAAUUUGGAAUCUCGUGGAUCAAACAACUAAGGAAAGCAUGGAAAAUGACUGUAUAGAUAACAAUCACAACUUAGUUGCCUAUGUGAUGACAGGAGCCGUACCUGGUAAUACAAUGUUGAAUCAAAGAGUGAACGUUCCAUCAUACAUGUGGACGGCAUUUUGCUGCUAUAACAGUGCAACAACAUCAUGGGUCUCUAAGGCUUAUUACACUGAAAACAAACGGAAAAAUGUGACCAAGAUCAAACUUAAGAGCCUCAUGGAUUUACAGGAAUUUCUAACAACAAAAUUGGGUAAAAAAGUUGAGCUGUUUAAAAACAAUUGCAGUCUGGAUGACUCAAAGUUCAGACGCUGGAUUCUACCAAACCGAAGACUGAAGAAGUAUAUUAUGCGUGCUUCAGAGCGGCACGGCGAAGUUCAUUACCUGUCUUAGAAUGGUUCAACAUGCAUCCUUUCAUCAGAUGGAGAUGGACAGAACAAAUGGAUCCUUCAUUGCAUGUGCUGUUAUGAUAAUCUCCAGCAAUACAUCCUGUUCUUUGAAUUAAAAGCUUGAAUAUGUAUUGCUGUCUUCUUCAGCAGAGCAAUGUCACCUUUUUUGGAUCAAAUGGCUUUUCUAGAAAUUGUG